ACGCAGCCUGCGCUGAUGCAGGCGAUGGUGUCCGAUGACGACGUGCGGCGCGUGAUUCGGUGCCUGGACAUGUGCGAGGAAAUCCCCGCAGAGAUGUCCGCAAGCUGUGCCCUCAAGGCGCUCAUUCUCUUCCUGGAAUCGCUUGCAGACCCCGUCGUGCCUUUCAGCAUGUACACGCAGUGCCUCGACCACGCCAACGCAGCAACCCUCUCCAAACGCCUUGAGGCGGAGCUGCCGACUGCGCACCGCCUGGCGUUUGAGUAUCUGAUACGAUUCGUCGACACCAUCAUCCAACAUCGCGAUCAAAACGACGUCGUUCCAGAUGUGCUCGUCGCCAUCUUCGCACGCGUUCUUCUUCGGAGUCCUCGCGAGGACCUGGCCUGGCGCGAAACAAACCUGGAUGGGGAGCGGAAAGUGAUGUUCAUCAAGCAUUUCCUCAGCGACGACACGCCGACGGCCCUGCCUUUUGUUUGAUGAUGAUGGCAACUGUAACAGUGGGCGGCGCUCACGGAAACCUUGUUUGCUGCGCAACGUUGUGAUGUGCUGCCCUUGCCACUUGU